AUGGAACUAUCAGAAACCGAUUCACCUAGCGAUUGCGAAAAUGUUUGCCCACCGAUAUCUACGUUUUCACGGCUAGAAGGCGGCUUCGCCAAUUUGGACAUCCACUCCAACAGUUCGCGUGGAAUCCGUAAUCGAACCAGAGCUGUGCAACCCAUUCAUCGACCUAGUAGUCUAAGUGCUUUCAAAUUACGAGAGAUUAUUGGAUGCAGUGAAGAUUCAGAUCCGGAACGUCAUCCCAACUUGGACAUGGUUUUGGAUCAAGACAAUAAGAUUUCUUUUGACAACACUAUAACACCAUUACCGUCCAUCUAUUCACAACAGUCUGAAGAUUCAACGGAUCUAGACGAUGAUCUCCUACUAUGUACACCGCCACCGUUGAUCGGAAAACUAUUUGAAGACGAUAUCGAUGAGUUUCGAGACGAUACGGUGGAUUGGAUUGCACAGAUUUACCAGGACGAAGAUGCCGAUGUGAGUGAAAGUGAGCUGUUACCACCGACCAUGGAACCAGGUUUCGAUAAGGAAAACCAUCCAGACGAUAACAACAGCAGCAGCAGCAAUGCGGAUGAUUAUCGACGAAAGAACACCAAGCGUUCUUAUAACAGUACGGAUCAAAAUGAAGAACAACAACAGCAAUUACCUACCCAACGCCGACCGCUGGGACAGAUGCGUUUGGAUGAUUGGCCAUCGGCUGUCAUUGUUGAACACGAAAAGAAACGGCAGCCGCUUGAAGUUGUCGCUUCCACUAGUACGGGCAGUAACAGUAGCACUAGUACCAUUGGAAGCAGCCGUCGGUUUGUUCGGUCACUGUCACCAUCAAGGAAAGGAAAAGAACGUGCAUGGUCUCCCGAUACCUCGUUCAACUAA